AUGCCUGCUAGAGAGGCUUUACACGCCGGUUCGUGGUACUCGGAUAGUCCCCAGACUCUCACUGGCGAGCUGGAUGACUGGCUAGCACAGGUACCGGAGGUGAUGGACCAUGUCAGCUCACUUCCGGUUCCUGGAGCUCGCGUAGUUAUUGCGCCACAUGCUGGUUAUGCCUACUCAGGACCCUGUGCAGCCUAUGCGUACAAGGCACUUGAUCUAUCCAAGACGAAACGCAUCUUUAUACUGGGCCCCUCCCAUCACCACUCACUCUCUACAUUGGCCCUCCCCGAAGUCACAUCAUAUUAUACCCCGCUCUCGGACGAUCCUCUCCCUCUAGACACCGAACUGAUUUCUAAGCUCCGAACAGCGCAGGCCACUAAACCAAAUGGAUCAAAUAUCAGCUUCACGACUAUGAAAAAGUCUGUUGACGAGGAGGAACACAGUAUCGAAAUGCACCUGCCAUUCAUCCACCGCCUCCUUCAAUUGCAGUACCCGAACACUCCGACAUCACAAUACCCUAAAUUAGUCCCGAUCAUGGUCGGUAGCACAUCUUCUGCGACAGAAAAAGCAUUCGGAGCUUUACUUGCCCCAUACGUAGCCGACCCAUCCAAUGCCUUCGUCAUAAGCUCUGACUUUUGUCAUUGGGGCCUCCGCUUCCGCUAUACGUAUUAUGUUCCGCAGGCACCAAAGCCAGGGCCCGAACUUCCUCUGUCGAGCGAUGUGCUACCACAACCCAGUAUUGAUCCGCUUCAUGUUGCGGAAAGCAUCAAUGUGGUCUCGGCUGGGCAUUCCCUAAAUCGGCGAGAUCGGAUCUCGAGUAAGGAGCCGGCUAUUCACGAGAGUAUCUCGGCCUUUGAUAUUGCCACCAUGACAGCCAUCGCAAGCGGGUCUGCAAAAACGUUCCUUGAUACUAUCGAGCGUACGGGAAACACUGUCUGCGGUCGUCACCCCAUUGGAGUGAUCAUGGCGGCAAUUGAGGUUGUCACGGCGAAUCGACCGGAGGGCGAACAGGGUCAGUUCCAUUUUCUGAGGUAUGAACGUAGCUCAGAUAUCGUAGAUGUGAUGGAUAGUUCUGUGAGCUAUGUGUCGGCUUUUGCAGUGCUCUAG